AUGUCGACGAAUCCCAAUCCCGGCUUCGUCCCGGAAUCAUGGAGUUUAUAUGGCGUGGGCGCAUUCCUGGUGGUCUUGCGACAGAUCGGCAGGAUCAAGCGGGUGGGCAUCAAGCACCUUGAAGUCGACGACGCCCUCAUUGGCUUCGGUUUUAUUGCCUAUACGCUGCUGGUGGUGGCUUUCAACCAAAUGCUAGAAGGACCAGGAUCCAAUUUGAUGACGCCUGAGGAGGAGGCUGCGCUCACGCCAGAGAUCAGGGAAGGGCGCGUGAGAGGGAGCAAAUGGGUUUUUGUGUCUGAACACGCAGAACUACUCACAAUCUGGAGCAUGAAGGCUGCCAUGCUGGUUCUGUAUGCCAAGUUGAUUGACAAGACACGACAGCGACGAUUGCUCUGGGGAGUCGUGAUCUGGGUUUGUAUCGCUUUUGUGGGAGAUGAACUUGCCCUCUUUACCAUCUGCCGUCCCCUUUCUCAGUACUGGGCCGUGCCGGCUGAAAAUUCGCAAUGCUCUAGCUAUCAAUACUAUCAGAUUGUCAACGCCGUCUUCAACAUCUCGACCGAUAUCCUCAUCAUGCUGAUGGGUAUCCCACCAGUCUUAUCCGCCCGACUUUCGCUCCAGCAAAAGUUGAUUCUCGGCAUCAUCUUCGGCAUGGGCGGCUUCGUGAUCGUCGCCGCCAUCCUGAGGGCCAUCUACUGCCUGGUCCCCUCGCUGAUCUCCUACGUCUACAUGAACUGGUACUUCCGCGAAGCCUCCGUGUCCAUCUACGUGACGACCCUGCCCGGAAUCUGGGUGUUCCUCAAGGAGAUGUUCCCCAUCAUCCAGAGACUCACGAGCCGGCCGGCCACCAAACCCACCAAUUCCCGUACCGGCGAGCCGCAAAAGCAGACGUCGUACUGGAAUGAGCCCAGCAGACACCACCGCAGUCAGUUCGACGCGAAAGACUUGGACUAUGACUUGGACACAUACCCAAUCAGCAAGUCCAUCGUCACCACCACUGAGGGUGACCUCGGCAGUCACGGCGUCCACAGUGACAGUGCACACGGCGAUGCGGAUUCGACCAACUCUAUGCGAUAUGACUCGACACUCAAUGAGAUUAGGUGCGACAAGACUUUUACCGUUGAGAGGAUUCCCCGUGAUCGACUUUGA